AUGGGCCGCGACCUCCUGGCCACCGCUCCUACGGGGUCGGGGAAAACCGCCGCCUUCGUCCUCCCCACCCUCCUACGUCUCGAAAAGGCCGAGGCCAGGCUCCUGCGAAACGGCCCACGGGCCCUCCUCCUGGCCCCCACCCGGGAACUCGCCUCGCAAAUUUGUGGGGAAGUGCAGCGGUUGGCGGCUGGAAGAGCCUUCAAAGUCGCGGUGGUGUCCAAGGCGCUGGCGGCGACCAAGGAUGAGGCAGGUCAAGGGGUAUUCUCCGGGUAUGAUCUCCUGGUCGCGACGCCGAUGCGUCUGCUCCAGGCCCUGCGGGAGGGAAGGGUGGACUUGAGGCGGGUCCGGGCUGUCGUUUUGGACGAAGCGGACAAGCUGUUCGAACUGGGGCGAGAAGGGAAGAAAAACGCGGCGGGCGAAUCCUUGGAACCCGACAAAAGUUUCCUCGGGCAGGUGGACGAGAUCUUGGCCGCCUGUACAUACCCGGAGGUACAGCGCGCCCUCUUCUCCGCUACGCUCCCCCCGCUGAUCCAGGACUUGGCGGGCAGUGUGCUGCGAGACCCCGUCUCCGUGUCGGUAGGCCUGCCUUCCAACCGUUCCAACUACACGCACGCGGCCGCCGUCCCCGAAUCCGUGACGCAAGAAUUGGUGUUUGUGGGGCGGGAGGAGGGGAAGCUCUUGGCCCUCCGACAGCUGUUGAAGCAGGGAGUCCUUCCUCCUAUCUUGGUCUUCUUGGAGAACAAGGAGCGGGCCCGGGAGCUCUACCACGAACUCUGCUACGACCACCUCCGCGUGGACGUCAUGCAUGCGGACAGAAGCACGGAGCAACGGGCAGCGCUCUUGGAGAAGGUCAGGGCGGGGGCCGUGGGUGGAGCGAUGCAAAAAGCAGGAUUGGAUACGUGA